GAUACCAUUUGAUACAAGAUAUGAUUGUUAUACUUUGACAGAUAUCCAUGUGAUUGUGUGAGUGAGAGAGAAAAAUACCAUCGCCAUUUGCAGCGUUGUCUAACUUCGGAUGAGUUAUGAUUGCUAUCAGACGACUGGCCACGUUGUUGUUUGCCUGUUUUAAUGGUGUCGUGAGGAUGUCUAGUAGGAUUGCCAGGAGACGUUUGAGGAUCGCUCACGGGCCCACACUGAAGACCUGGGUAAUAGCAAGUGUCGGAGCAAUCCUUGGAUUCUUGCUGGGUAAUGUUCUAAGGAUGACCUUCCCUGUAUGUGAGACUAUAGGAGCAAAUCUUGAUACCACUGAUUUGUACGAUACUGAAAAUACCGAUUUACGUCCGAGUGAGAAAUUUUUGUUUGUUGGAGUUAUGACGACUCGGAGAUAUUUGUUUAGUCGUGGAAUCGGAGUAUACAAGACAUGGGCUAAGUCCAUUCCUGGUAAGGUUGUCUUCUUCCACGGUAGGGUCAACGACAGCGAUCCUGAUAUAAAGGAGUAUGACAACGAAGGAAUAAAAGAUCUUGAAGUGGUUGUGCUUGACGAUGUUGACGACAACGUGUAUCCACCACAGGAGAAGGUCUUCAAGAUGUUGGAAUAUAUGCAUCGCCAUUACCUGGCUGACUAUGAAUGGUUCAUGAGGUCCGAUGAUGACACAUAUGUCAAGGCAGACGCUUUGGAGAAAUUCCUAAAAUCGCUUAACAGCUACAAGGUGUACUACCUUGGCCAACCGGGUGAAGGUCAAGGCGAGGAGUUUGGUAAGAUAGGAAUAGGUGACAAAAGUAACUAUUGUAUGGGAGGUCCAGGAAUGAUUUUCAGUAGGGCAACACUGUACCAUGUUGGACCAAAGUUGGAUUCAUGUCUUAAUCUUAAAACUUACCAAUCAAAUCACGAAGAUUCCGAAGUUGGAAGAUGCAUAACUAAACUAUCCAAUGGAUCAUGUUUAUGGGCAUAUGAUAGCAGAGGCAUAUUCCAUCACAACUACUUUGAACAAAAAGGGACAUUUAAGGAAUACUUCAAUGAGACUAAUGUGAAGAUUGCUAUCACAUUACAUCCAAUCAAACAGCCGGAAUAUCUUCAUCUCGUUCAUAACUUUAUUCAAGGCGUCGAUACGGUCAGAAUAUCACAUAGAAUUAUCAAAUAUAAAAGAGAAAUUAUGAGAUUUGACGAGCUGACUGAAAACCCAGGUAAAAAUAAAAAUGGCUUUCGAGAUAAACUACCUCAUGUCAGUGCUUCCAAUACGGAAUAUACAUUCAUUAAACCUAAUCUAGACAUUAAAUUCACAGCUAAUGAUAAUAGCUUUAGUAACAAUACAGUUAGUGCAUCUGAGGUGAAAGGUUUAACUCUUACCAUUGAAGAGAUGGUUCAGCGAUUAAAUGAAAAUAUGUUUCGUGACAAACGAACGUUUCAGUUCUAUGAAAUCAGACAUUUGUAUUUUAGAAUCAACUCGAUAUAUAAUGUUGAUUACGUCAUCAUGGGUAACCUAGUCCAUAGACCCCAUAAUGAAUCUAAACGAUCAGAGUGGUGGCGACAGAAUGUAUAUGCUCAGAGAUCAUUCGCUCAGUUAGAAUUCAUGGAGGAGCAGACAUCAUCGAGUUCAAAAGAAAAACUCCAGAUGCAUGUCAUACUCAACAUGUUUACAAAUAGUUCUAGAAUAUUUCAAACUUUUCCCAAUUUUCUCAAACAAUUUACAAAUAUGUUUUUGUCUGGAAAAGGGACUGCAUAUUCUGGAACGCUUGACAUACUAUUACAUUCGACUGACUCUAAACAAAAAGUAGAAUUUAUAACGAAUCAAAUAAGUGGGAUUGUAGAACGUUACCCCAGGAUUCAUGUCAGACAUUGGAUAGUAAGCCCCUCGACGAAUUCACUUCCGUUUCAGCAUUUAUUUCAGAAAGAAAGUUUAUAUUUCAUAGCGGACGAUAGACUCCAGUUUGAUGAACAGAGUCUUCAAAAUAUUAUACUGAACACAAAACGAGGUGAACAAGCGUAUUUCCCUAUAGUUUCCCAGAUGUUUGAAUCAAAUGAGAAUGAUGAGAACGAAGAAAGUGAUGACCCAUGCUUUACAGAAUCAACUGAUGUAUAUACCAUCUAUAAACAAGAUAUUGAUUUGUUUCCGAAUCUCUCGGUCAACAUGCUCUCCAAUAGAACAACGAUGAUUAAUACUUUACUAAAUCACACAACUCUGUCAGU